AUGCCUGGAUACUUCGUGGCAUAUGUGAUCUUGGUCAUCUCGCUCUUUCCAUCCGCCUUUGCACAGAACUUCGCAACACUAGUUGUGACAAGGUUCUUCGGUGGCGGUGCUUCUUCCGUUUCGAUCAAUAUCGUCGGUGGAAGUAUCUCCGAUGUGUGGCUCGGUGACCAUGCUCGCAGUCUGCCGAUGUCUAUAUUCGGAUUCACGAGUGUUGUCGGUAUUGCACUUAGUCCGUUUAUUGGAUCAGCCAUUGUGCAGAUUCAGAAAUCAGAGCCGUGGCGUUGGAUCUUCUACAUCCAAAUCAUCUAUAACGCAGCUUUGAUCCCGGUAUUCUGGCUCAUCCUCAACGAAACCCGCCCAGACGUGAUCCGUAAGAAGCGUGCACGCAAGAUCCGCAAGGAAACCAACCGCCCGGUGUACGCUGCCUCGGAAAUCGAUGCACCAAGCAAACUCCGUCUGCUGAAAAUCUCAUUCCAACGCCCGACAAAGAUGCUCCUCACCAAGCCAGUGGUGAUCUUCUUCACGUUGUGGAUCAGUUUCGCCUGGGGCAUCCUCUACCUCUUCUUCCCCAGCGUCGUUCAAACCUACUCCACAAACUACGGCUGGGGCACGCUGGGAACAGGCCUCGUGCAGCUCGCCAUCUCUGUGGGCGCGAUCAUCGGAACAGCUAUCAACCCACUACAAGACUGGUUCUAUCUCCGCUCCGAGCGGCGCAAUAAGGAGAAACCCGGUAAACCCAUCCCCGAGGCAAGACUGUAUACGUCUAUCCUGGGUAGUCUGCUCUUUGCUGCCGGUCUGUUCUGGUAUGGAUGGGCUAGUCAGCCUGAUAUUCAUUGGAUCGUGCCGACUAUUGGUAUCAUGGCUGCAGGGAUUGGAAUUUACUCGAUUUACAUGGCUGUUGUUAAUUAUCUGACUGAUGCUUAUGAACGGUAUGCGGCGUCGGCUUUGUCAGCUGCCUCGCUUGGCAGAAAUGCUUUUGGUGCGUUUUUGCCGCUUGCUUCGUCGCAGUUAUUUGGGGAUCUUGGGUUCGGAUGGGCGGGGACAUUGCUCGGGUUUAUCGGGGUUGCGUUGUCCAUUGUGCCUGUUAUUUUGGUUUUCAAGGGUCCCCAGAUUCGGGAGAGGGGCAAGUUUAUGAGGGAGGCUAUGUGGGAGCCUGAGGAGAGGGUUCAGGUUGAUCGAUCCGGGAAGGAAGAUUUGGGGCCUUCUUCGGAGGGAAUUGCGUGA